UUCAGGUUAGGACAUGACUGACCGCCCCUCCUCCAUCCUGGUGUGUAUAUAUAACUGAGAUCUCUCUCUACUCCUCACAUCAACACCCAGCAUCUCCUCCAUCUCAGAAGAAGACUUCAUCCACAGGUUCAAGGCACCUCAACAUCAGUGAAAUCAUGGAGUUGGAUCUAAAGAAUCUGAAUCUGGCUAUUGGACAACAACUGACAGUGGAAGGGAAGAUUCCUGCUAAUUGUACUAGGUUUGAAAUAGACCUGGGUAGUGAUUCUCAGAAUUUUGCGCUGCACUUUAACCCCCGUUGGGAUGAUCCUGGUGAAGGUACCAUAAUUGUGAUCAACUCAAAGACUAAGGGGAACUGGGACUCAAAUGAAGAUAAGGUUGAAAACACCCUGCAGAGGGACUCCACUGUCAAGAUUGUCAUACAGCUGAAAGACAAGAAUAAUUUCAUGAUACAACUGCCCAAUAAGUCAAUCAGGUUCCCCAACCAUAAGGGCAUGAAUAUCGACUACUUCAGGAUCCAUGGUGACUUCCUGAUGAAGUCCUUCCAGAUGUGACAGAAGAACCCACAUGCUGGUUCUGCUCUGGAAGACACAGUAGUGUUGAUGCAGUAAAGAAGAAUCUGAAUGCAGAAUUAAAAGUGGAUCAUUUAUUGUUCCUACAGUAUAACAUUUAUCAAAAUGUCUCUCUGGCUAUUGGCUAUUUUCAUGUUUUGAUUGGUAAAGAAAAAGCAUGAGCUGUAAAUUCAAGAGUUAAUAAAAAACUAAUUCUUAGAA